AUGUCAAAGGUUGGCUGGCUCCUGCUGGCACCUUUGUUGGUGAACGGCCUCAGGCCUGGUGCAUUUCUGAGGGAUCCGGUGACGCUGAUCGAUCAGAACCGAAUCCCCAAUGGAGAGCCGUCGUAUUCGUGGUCGGAGGAGCAUCUGGACGUGCCGAUUGACCAUUUCGCAUUCGCUGAUACUCGGGAAUUCCCGUUGCGGUAUUUUAUUAAUUUGACUUACUAUGAGCCCGGAGGGCCCAUCUUCUUUUACACCGGAAAUGAGGGGAAGUUGGAGGUGUUUGCGGAGAAUACUGUAAGCUUUGAGCCUUUCUAAUUUUAAUGAUAUCAUAACUAUCGCUACAGUAAGCUGUCCUUAUUUUAAAUUGCAGAAAAAUCAAUUUGAUUUCAGGGUUUUAUAUGGGACAUUGCCCCUGAAUACAAAGCCGCGAUUGUUUUUACUGAGCAUCGCUUCUACGGAAACUCUCUUCCAUUCGGAGAGGAUUCCUACAAGCACAUCAAGAAUCUCGGAUAUCUGACCUCAGAACAGGCGCUUGCCGACUUCGCCGAUGUCAUUACGUAUUUGAAAACCCAGGUGAGAAUUGGAGAUUUCAUUUAGGCAAUGUAAACGUAUGCUUUUCAGAGAAUCCCUCAAGCAACCCACUCUCCUGUGAUUGUAUUUGGUGGAUCGUAUGGUGGGAUGUUGGCGGCUUGGUUCAGGAUUAAAUAUCCGCAUCUGGCUGAUGGGUAAGACUUAUAUCUUUUAGCAAAAAAAUUGAAAAAAAAUUAGUAGAUUUUGGCUAAAAAUCGGUCGUAUGCCUUGGAAAACAUUGCUCUAAGCAAGCGUUAAAUAUCAUCAAAAUUUGAAAUUUAUAUCUCGAAAAUUUCCCUCACAAUGCUAUUUUCAGUGCCAUUGCUGCAAGCGCCCCAUUGCUUUGGUUCCAAAACACUGGCGUCCGACAAGACGGCUACGCGAAUAUCACCACCAGAACCUUUAAGCUGAGUGGCUGUGAUCUGACGCAUCUUCGCGCUUCCUUCGACGCGAUGCGAACGUUGGCCAAGACCGAGGAUGGUCGUGAUCAUUUGAACAAGGUGCUGAAGUUGGGGAAGUCUUCCGAAUUCGAGCACUCGCAUGAUUACAAUAUUUUGGUGAACAUCUUCGCGGAUGUCAUGGGUAAUGUUGUUAUGAUCGAUUACCCGUAUCCCACCAACUUUUUUGCGCAAGUUCCGGCAUGGCCAGUCAAGGUGAGCGAACUUUUUUUGAACUGUUACGUAUGUAUGCAUAAAUAUUUUUGCGAUAAAAGUUAUUGUCAUCAUUUUAGAAAAUGUGCGAGAAAUUCAACGGAGACAUCCCAGAUGAUCCAAAGGAGACCGUCAAGCCGUUGUAUGACAUCCUCAAUAUCUUCUACAACACUUCCGGAAAGCUCGAAGAGUUUUGUCUUCGCGGCCCCGACUGCGGCAACGAUCAACUUGGCGCCAUGGACGGCUGGAACUGGCAGAUCUGCACCGAAAUGAUCAUGCCAAUCUGCAACUCCGGCCUGCCUGAUGACGUCUUCGACAAGACCUGUCCAUUUGUCAUCACCGCCGACUUUGAGCGAUGCCACAAGCAAUACUCUGACAUUGGAUACGAGCACAAUUUGUACCGUCCCAACUGGGUCAUCGAACAUUACGGAGCCGAGUUCCCCUCUGCCAGUAAUAUCGUUUUCAGCAACGGAUAUCUGGACCCAUGGAGUGCGGGUGGCUGGAAAUUGGAGCCGGCCACCGAAGGGACUCUGGUCAGUCUGAUUAUUGAGGAUGGCGCUCAUCACUACGACUUGAGGGCAGCACAUCCCGAUGAUACGCCGCAAGUCAAGCAAGCCAGACUGAUUGAGAAGGAGAACAUUGAUCGAUGGAUUGGGAAGGCCAGAGCUCGGCCAAGUCAACAGUUCAAGAGAAAGAAGACCGAAAAGACGGUCGGUCAAAAGCCCGCCCAUAAACAUCACACCAACCAUCGACACUAUCAUAGACAUCAGCAUCAUCUUCGUAGUGAAGUCAAUGGUCAGUAA